UGAGUGGAAGACCCCUGUCUCAGUGGGUUUGCCCGCUGCAUGACAAGAGAAGCAGCUGUAUAUAUCAGCUGGGGGACUGCGAGCUGCCGUCUCACUCGGCUCCACCGUGCGGGGAGGAAUGGCAGGCUGGGGGGGCUUCUUAUUUUCUCUUCUCAACUACAAAACGGAGAAAUAUGUCAUUGCAGAAAACAGAAGAAUCGGAAUAUUAUUUCGGCUCUACCAGCUGGCAGUGCUGGGAUACAUUAUUGGGUGGGUGUUUGUGGUGAAGAAGGGGUACCAGGAGAAAGAAGAGGCCAUCCAGAGCUCAGUCAUCACCAAGCUUAAAGGUGUCACUCUGACCAACACUUCUGAGACGGGGCCUUACCUGUGGAGUGCCGAGGACUAUGUCAUACCCCCAAAUGGUGAGCAGGUGUUCUUUGUUGUAACAAAUUACAUAGAGACCCCCAAUCAAAGGCUGGGCUUCUGUGCUGAGAGUUCCAAGGUGCCAGAUGGACGAUGCAAAACUGAUGAUGACUGCAUGGAGGGGGAGCCUGUAACAGCAGGUCAUGGAAUCAAGACUGGCUUGUGUUUAAACAGCACCGGGACCUGUGAGAUUCAUGCCUGGUGUCCCGUUGAAUACAACAAGAGACCCGCAGAGCCCUUACUGAGUGAUGCAGAAAACUUCACCAUCUACAUCAAGAAUUUCAUCAGGUUCCCCAAGUUUGAGUUCUCCAAAGCCAAUGUCCUUGAAACUUCUGAUGAAAGCUACCUAAAGAGAUGUUUCUAUGAAAAAGAGAAUCAUCCUUACUGCCCCAUCUUUCGCCUCAGAGAUCUUGUCAGCAGUGCUGGACAUGACUUCCAGGAAAUGGCUGUUAAGGGCGGCUCUGUUGGCAUUCUCAUUGAGUGGAACUGUGACCUGGAUAAAGAUUAUUCUCUGUGUAAUCCACAGUACAGCUUCACCCGUUUGGACAUUAAUUUGAACAACUCAAUCACAUCGGGAUACAACUUCAGAUAUGCCAGAUACUAUAAGGAUCAAAAUGGGGAAACCUAUCGCACGCUGUAUAAAGUGUAUGGGAUUCGCUUUGAUAUAAUGAUCAAUGGUCAGGCCGGGAAAUUCAAUAUUGUCCCCACAGUAAUUGCCAUUGGCUCAGGUGUUGCUCUCCUCGGUGCAGGAGCCUUUGCCUGUGAUAUGAUAUUAUUGUACAUGAUGAACACGAGCUCCUUCUACAGAGAGAGGAAAUUUGAAAUCAUCAACUUCAAAAAAGAGAGGACCAAAGUUAAAGAUGAGAAAACGGGCCAUCGGGAAAAGAGGUCCAGAAGACCAGGGACAGAGAAAGGGGCUACAAAUUCCAUCAAAAAUCCAGGAGAAACUGAGCCCACUGCAGGAUCUUCUGCAGAGAGCCAGCCACCUACAGAGAAAAGGGGUCCCACAAUUCCACGUAACACGGGACAGCGAUACUCUGCUCCACCCCAUGGCACCGAGACGAAGCAUCAUAUCACUUUCAUGGCUCACAAUUAGGUCUGCAGGCAGAGCAAGAUCACCUGUUUGUUUUCCUGCAUGAGGCGGAACCCAAAGGUGGGACUGACGUCCACGUCUUACCUGCCGGCACAACUGCUAGCACGGUCACUAGCAUGAAUGAUGCUCUGACUGAAGAUGUGUUGAUCCAGGGGAAUGUAAAUGUUGUGCACAGUGCAUGAGGUCAGGACGUCAAAGAAAGUAGCAGGGUCAGGAUUCAAAACAGAUUCAUUACCACUCAACUGGCAAUUAGCAGUGACAGUAAUUACAAUAUAUAGUAUAAAAGUAAAAAAAGUAGGCAUGAAAGUUUUUAAAAACUACACUUAGAAGCAAUUCAUAAGAAAAUGUGUGGUCUUAAUUGUGUUUUUACAGCUCAACACAUGUGUUGUUAAAAUGCACAAACACUGUUGCUGCUUUCUGCUGUAUGUUCAGUUAACUGUACUGAUCAUGGCUUUGAUAUGAAGCUUUUAC